GCGCCCAUUGGAGUGCUGAUACAAGUUCAACAACACCUGCUGCUUGACUUGAGUUGAGUUGAGCUAACUACACAUCUAGCUAUAGCUUCUCCUCCCCAUUGCCCACUUGGGAGAAUUCCUCCAAUCCACAACACAAUGAAGCUGCUCGUUGGAGGACAGAGGAGGCAGAGGGGGUUCGGCAAGGCCCUCAAGGAGCAGAGGGCCAGGCUCUACAUCAUCCAGCGCUGCGUCGUCAUGCUCCUGCGCUGGCACGACUGAUCCAUCCACCACUGCGAUGGAUCCAUGGCGAAACUGGUGGAUCCGCAGGGCGAGCUCGAUCGUCUUUCAUCGGGUGCCGUAGUUUUGGGGGGUGUCGUGCUGGUGCCACAAUGGUUGCCGGCUGCUGUACAUAGAGAGAGAGAGAGGGCCAAGGGCCAAUACAGUGUAGUAUUACAAAUAGAGGUGGUAGCUAGCAGUAGGAUUCGCUCUGGUGUUCAUCAGUGUCUACUGUGUCAUUGUGUAAUCACAUCAGUGUGGAAUGCAUGCCAAAUCAAUGAACAAGACAACAACAACCAAUGGGUCGCUCACAAUGCCUUCACGGGUACCUCUUUGUUUUUGAGUA